AUGAUGGAACGAAAUCAAGCGAGCGUCACGGUUCGUGUUUCAUACACUUUGAGUGUGAUGAAACCUCUUCAAGUUACUCCACAAAACGAAAUACAAGUAAAACAAACAAUACACAUUACCAACGAGUUUCAUGUCCAUCGGAAUGACUCGUUAUCGAGGAUCGAAGAAUGUAUUUCAGCUAUCCUUUUUGUGGAUGUCGAUCAUGGAGAAUGGAGUAUAAUUUCAACAAUACCAGAUCAAUUCAAAACAACAUCAGCGCUAUCGGAAGAUCACAAUCUAGUGAAUCCCCAUGAUUCUAAAAUUCUCAUAAAUUCGAAAACAUCUGUGAAAGAUUUACUCUUUAAUGACAGCGGAUUCACUAGAUUAUCAUUUAAAUUGCCAAGGCCUAUUGGUCACGAAAUCACUCAUGUUAUUGUGGAGAUUGAAAUUUGA